GCGCACAUAAACCCAUAGAAGUCUAAAUAAAGACCAUAACGAUAACGCUCUCCAUAUCUAUCGCCUCGCCCCAUCCCCAUCCCCACCCCCUACCCCAUUAUUUCUAUAUAACAGCUCUCGGCUCCCCCACCACCUUUUGCUAAACGCUAAGUAACAUUCUCGAAUAUCUCAUUACAGCUUCCACGAUGGACCUAGGUACCCAAAAGACUUACCCGGCCUUGGUGUCCAAGAGGAUCGGUUCCUAUGACGUUCCUGAAGGAGUGGAAGUUCGGGGAGGAUACGAUCCCGAGUUCGCUAGGAUACUCACCAGGGAUGCCCUCCAGUUCGUGGCUGAUCUCCAGAGGGAGUUCCGGAACCAUAUCAGAUAUGCUAUGGAGUGCCGAAGGGAGGCCAAGAGGCAGUACAAUGAAGGCGCGUCCCCUGGUUUUGAUCCGGCCACACUGUACAUCAGGGAAGGGGACUGGACUUGUGCCCCUGUCCCGCCAGCCGUUGCCGACCGGAGGGUCGAGAUCACUGGCCCUGUUGAGAGGAAGAUGAUCAUCAAUGCCCUUAACUCCGGGGCUAAAGUUUUCAUGGCCGAUUUCGAGGAUGCCUUGUCUCCGAGCUGGGAGAACCUGAUGAGAGGGCAAGUGAACCUGAAGGAUGCUGUGGAAGGGACCAUCACGUUUGAUGACAAGGCCCGAAAUCGAGUCUACAAGCUCAAUGAUCAGGUCGCCAAGCUCUUCGUGCGCCCUCGGGGCUGGCAUCUCCCUGAGUCUCACAUCUUCAUUGAUGGAGAACCUGCCACUGGUUGCCUUGUUGAUUUUGGUUUCUACUUUUACCACAACUACGCAACCUUUCGCAAGACACGGGGCGCCGGGUUCGGCCCCUUCUUCUACCUCCCCAAGAUGGAGCACUCCAGGGAGGCUAAGAUAUGGAACAGUGUGUUCGAGAGGGCGGAGAAGAGGGCAGGGAUCGAGAAAGGAAGCAUCAGGGCGACUGUCCUCGUCGAGACCCUCCCAGCGGUUUUCCAGAUGGACGAGAUCCUGUACGAGCUGAGGGACCACUCCGUGGGCUUGAACUGUGGGAGAUGGGAUUACAUCUUUAGCUACGUCAAGACCUUCCAGGCCCAUCCCGACCGCCUCCUCCCUGACCGUGUCCAAGUCAGCAUGGCCCAGCACUUCAUGAAGUCCUACUCUGAUCUUCUCAUCAGGACUUGUCACCGGCGCGGUGUUCAUGCCAUGGGAGGCAUGGCAGCUCAAAUCCCGAUCAGGGACGACCCCGAAGCGAACAAUGCAGCUCUAGAGCUGGUGAGGAAGGACAAGCUGAGAGAGGUUAAGGCAGGCCAUGACGGGACCUGGGCGGCUCACCCCGGGCUGAUCCCAGCCUGCAAUGAAGUUUUCACCAACCAAAUGGGCGGGGCACCUAACCAGAUCGACACGACGAAGCGAGAGGAUGCUGCUGGUCUGACGGAGGAGGACCUCUUGCAGAGGCCGAGAGGGGUAAGGACGAUGGAGGGGCUGAGGCUGAACACGCGAGUAGGGAUCCAAUACCUGGCGGCGUGGCUAACGGGGACGGGAUCAGUCCCCCUGUACAGCCUGAUGGAGGAUGCAGCCACGGCCGAGAUAAGCCGGGUCCAGAACUGGCAGUGGCUCAAGUAUGGGGCAGAGCUGGACGGGGAUGGGACCAGGGUGAAGGUGACACCUUGCCUGUUUGGGAGAGUGGUGGAGGAGGAGAUGGGGAGGAUCGAGAGGGAAGUCGGGAAGGAGAAGUUCCGUAAGGGAAGGUACAACGAGGCCAGGAAGAUGUUCAUCCGCCAGUGCUUGGCCCCAUCCCUGGACGAUUUCCUGACCCUCGAUGCGUAUAACCAUAUCGUGGUUCAUCACCCGACGAAUGCUCCUUCCAAGCUCUGAGCAGCUUUCCAAUUUAAGCAUUUGCUUUGGCUUUUGGUUGUUUUUUUUUUUUUUUUCCAGUUCCUUCUCCUCCAUUGAAGUGAAAUAAAUUGUAUGGAUCUUCAUGCAUUUGUAUGGGGCACUGUUUCAAGUCUGUCUUUGGAAUAAGUCGGGCUGAGAGUUUUUUUUU